AUGGCCAAACAAUGUAAUAGUAGAAGUGUGCUUGGGAAAAUCGAUUUGAAUGUUCUUUCAACAUUAGAAGCUACUAAUGAAGUUAAUGACAUAGAUAAGGAAGUUAAUACGCAUGUGAGUCAGAAAAACCUCACAAAUGAACAAAGGCAAGCUAUUUUUGAAUCUCUGUUGAAGCGAAGUGUCAAUGGACAAUUAAAAAAAAACACUACAUAUAAGGUGGCUCAAUUAUUUCGAGUUAGUAUGCGUACAGUCCAACGCAUCUGGCAACGAGGAAAAGAAAAUGAAGGAUUGGAUUCUAACACUAAUGUGUCUAGCAAAAAGGCAUUAAAUUGCGGGCGCAAGCGUCUUCAAAUUGACGUCAAUCAAUUUCGACAUAUUCCAUUGCGAAGAAGGACAACACUUAGGUAUUUAUCUGUUGCCACAAAUUUGUCAGUGACAACGCUGUUUAGGCAAUUAAAAGAGGGCUUUAUACGUCAUCAUUCAAAUGCUAUAAAACCUCUAUUAAAGGUGGAAAACAUGAAAGCCAGAAUACGCUUUUGUUUAUCGAUGAUUGAACAAGGCAACAACCCCAAUUGUUUGAGGUUUGUAACCAUGGAAAAUAUUAUUCAUGUUGAUGAGAAGUGGUUCUACAUGACAAAGCAGUUGGAGAAGUAUUACCUCCUUCCUGACGAAGAUGAGUCUUUAUGCACAUGUAAGAGUAAGACUUUUAUUACUAAAGUCAUGUUUAUGGCUGUACUAACACACCCAAGGUUUGAUGAAUCAGGGAAUGAAUUAUUUUCUGGAAAAAUCCGGAUAUUUCCUUUCAUAAAUAAAGAACCUGCAAGGAGGAGCAAUAAAAAUCGUUCUGCAGGAACCAUGGAGACUAAAACAAUCAAUUCUAUUAAUAAAGAAAUUUAUCGAUCUUACAUAGUUGAGAAACUCUUACUAGCUAUCCGAGAUAAGUGGCUAAGAAUUGAUGCAAGAAGUCCAAUAUUUAUCCAACAAGACAAUGCGAAACCUCAUAUUGGUUUGGAUGAUGAGUAUUUUCAAAGUAAUGCUACUAAGGAUGGCUUCGACAUACGUUUGAUCUGUCAGCCUCCGAAUUCUCUAGAUAUGAAUGUUCUAGACCUUGGUUUUUUAAAUGUGAUACAAGCACUAAUACCAACAGGCGCCCAACUUUGUAGAUGCGCUCAUAGAGUCUGUUCAAAAGUCAUUUGA